GCGGGCCUGAGUCUUGAAACGAUAACUCAAUACAUGGAGCGUCAAACUUUCUUGGCUGUUGAUGGAGAUGAUUCAGAAGAAAAUAAAGAAAAAUGCUCCAUUUGUCUGGAAGAAUUUUGCAACGGAGAGGAUAUUGGGAAGCUGCAUUCUUGUGCGCACAAGUUUCACUUUGAUUGCAUCAAAACUUGGCUCAACCACAAGAACCGUUGCCCCGUCUGCAGAAGAACUGGGUUGGAAACGUCUAAUGACCAAAAUGUAGGAGGUAAAGCAGCAGAUGCAGCUGUUGUUCACGAUGAAGGUCACAGUGAAUAGUUCCUCACUGUAACUUCUAAAGACUGUGAUUGCAACUUUCGUUUUAUGGAU